UGCUGGAUUACGAAAGCGGAAGUGCAGAUUUUCGAUCUGAAAGCGGGUUUCUUUGUAAAAACAGAGGGAUGGACGGAGACGAAAGAGCAACUUCUGAAAGGAUUCUGCUGGAACCGUACAAGUACUUGUUACAGCUGCCAGGAAAACAAGUCAGAACAAAACUCUCGCAAGCGUUCAACCACUGGCUCAACGUCCCAGAGGACAAACUGCAGGUGAUUAUUGAGGUGACUGAGAUGCUACACAACGCCAGUCUGCUGAUCGACGACAUUGAAGACAGCUCGAAGCUGCGGCGCGGUUUCCCGGUGGCUCACAGCAUCUACGGCGUGCCGUCGGUCAUCAACUCCGCCAACUACGUCUACUUCCUGGGCCUGGAGAAGGUGCUGACGCUAGAGCACCCCGAGGCCGUGCACGUGUUCACCCGUCAGCUGCUGGAGCUGCACCGCGGCCAGGGUCUGGACAUCCACUGGCGGGACACCUACACCUGCCCGAGCGAGGCCGAGUACCGCGGCAUGGUGCUGCAGAAAACCGGCGGCCUCUUCGGCCUCGCCGUGGGCCUCAUGCAGCUCUUCUCCGACUGGAAAAGAGAUCUCAAACCGCUUUUGGACACUCUGGGACUCUUUUUCCAGAUACGGGACGACUACGCCAACCUGAACUCUAAAGAGUACAGUGAAAACAAGAGCUUCUGCGAGGACCUGACGGAAGGCAAGUUCUCUUUCCCCACCAUCCACGCCAUCUGGUCGCAGCCUGAAAGCACGCAGGUGCAGAACAUCCUGCGGCAACGCACUGAAAACGUGGAUAUCAAACGCUACUGCGUGGACUAUCUGGAGAAGGUGGGCUCGUUCGCUUACACCCGUCAGACGCUGAUUGAUCUGGAAGCCGAAGCCUAUCGGCUGAUUGCCGAGCUUGGAGGGAAUCCCGAACUGGAGGCCUUGGUGCAGCACCUGAGUCACAUGUAUAAAGAGCCAGAGGGCGGAGCUGCAGCCGGCCAAUCAAAACAAUGACUUUGCACUGUGAAUGAACCUUACUGUUACUCUGACUCCACAGCAAAUUGCCUUUAGUCCAAAGUCUGUUGUUUUGUCUCGUUUAUUUUUCACGCCAUUGUAACUGACAUAUAAAAUGUAACAGGAACUCAACUGGCCUCUUAGAAAUAUUUUGUUCAAUAUAUGGUCUUGAAAUUAAAAUGUACUGUAAUCGCCAUCUAACGGUGGACAGAUGCUACUUGUUUUAUUAUGAAUGACAACCGUAAACAGUCAAAUACAUUUAAACAAUGCAUGUAAUUUCACCACAAAAUCAAAGCAAAUACAUUAUUUUGCCUGAAGAACGUUAAGUCAAUUUGAUAUAUUUUUGACUAUUUUCAUGACAAUAAUUUGUAAUAAUAAUAAUAAUUAUUAUUAUUGAU